UAUCCGAAAAAAUGUUUGCUAUAUUUAACAUUUCAUAAUUUCAAGGCAUAGAAACGGUGCACACCAACAUUUUGGCGGUAGACGCAAACACCUAUCAAAUUCUACAUAUAAUUGGGCUCAAAAAAGCUCUAUUGGGUUUUUUGCUAAAUUGCCCAGCUUCAGAUUAAAAGAAGAAAAACCGUCGAAUUGUCCGAGAAAAUAAGCGCUAUAUUUGCACACCUCACACUUCUGUUAGGUAGUUUCCAAGAAGUGUUUUCCAGCCUUAGCUGCUUCACGGUCUAGAAAUGCGAUAAAUUUAAGUUUUAGUUAACUACCGUACUCAAAUAUUCAAGUGUCUAUUAAUAGGUUUACACAUAUCACAUUUUUGUGCAUACAAAUAGUUGGACUAUUUUUAAAACGAUCGGCAAACUUGAUGUUUAAUAACGAUUCAGUAUGGGAAAAUUCACUGUGUAAAUCCCCAGCUACUCACUUAUAGAGACAAAGAAUGCCCUCUAUAGAGCAAGAAUCCAGUCACUUCGAGUCUAUUGAUUCUUUUGGAGUUGGCUGAUUCACUUGAGCGAAAGUUCACUUUUGAAAGUUUAGAGCCCAUGCGCUAACACCCCCCACGUUUUCCAUCGAUUUUCUUAUCGCACGUUUCAAGCCCCCGCAGGAAGCGCUUUUUCUCAUCAUCUCACCGUUUUCGUUCCACUUUCUAUGCGUUUCCAAAAUACAAUGCUGAAACAUCCUGCUACUGAAAAUAAUGUAAAUUUUCCGAUACAGUGCGCGUUUCUGGAACAAUAAAAUGGCAUUUGCAAAUAGUUCGGCGCUGAAAACUCCCACGGCUCUGGAACAGCUUUUAGAAGAGAUAAAUUUCCAGAGAACCAAGGAAAUGCGUCAACUGUUGAAAGAUGAUUCAGGAUUUGUGAUGCUCCAAGGCACAACUUACUGGACCGAUCUGUUUGUGCGGCACUUUCUAUUCCAGAACGAUUCCACCAUCGAUUGUGAUGAUUUGUUGUUUUUCGUCCGGAAAAAACACGUCAAAGGAUCUCCGAGAUAUUUGCCGAAGUUCGAGACAGAAGUGGAUGUUUUCCGGAAAGACAGCAAAAAGCUUCCCAUUGGGGACCCGGACAUCGAUUGGGAGGAAACCGUCUACCUCAACCUGAUCAUACACCAGUUUGAAUAUACUUUGACUUUGGCCAUUUGCACGCGAACCAGCCCGAAGGAGCUGCAAGUCCUCAAAAGACACUCGCAGAAAGUCUACGCGUCUCCUAGUAGGAGAAGAAUGGACACCAAGGGCGACGUGGAGGAGAUAACGUACCCCCACAUUUGCUUCAUGGUGGACAACUUCGACGAAGUCUUUCAAGACAUUCUGGUGCGAGAUGGCGAAAUGGUCUGCGUUGAACUGGUGGCUGCUGAUAAAGUGGGAACCGUUCAAGGCGUGAUUUUUUUGGGUUCCAUCCGAUACGACGCCCUAAAGAAAGUCUACGACGCACGGCAGUCGAGCCUGGGCACAAAAAUGGCACAAAAAAUGACGUUUGGCCUAUUUUCGAAUUCCACUGCCCAACGAUGUGAAUUUGUGCGAAUGAAGGGCCCACAGGGCAAAGGCCACGCGGAAAUGGCGGUCACCAAGCCCAAAGGCUCAGGAGUGGAAACGCCCACUUCUGAGCCGGGAUUCUGCGCCACUGAUAUGUGGGAUUCCGACUGGGAGGAUGAACAAGACGAUUGUCUGUACCGCUCCCAAAGAAGACUGAGCGAUCCGAGCGCCAAUAUUAACAAUUUUGUGAGAGGCGGUUGGAGGACGAAGCUGGACGUGAAGGCGAGAUCGGAAAGCGAGGGUCUGGACAACUGGGAUAAUGGUUUCAGUGAGAUCGAAGCUGGCGACCUAAGAGAUGGCCAGACUGGUCCUGCUUCUACCUCCAAAUCGAGCUGUUGCGGCUGCUUCCGACGAAGAAAGCGAGGUUCCAUCAUUCUGCUUGAAAUGUAUGAUCGACCGCCCUGCGUCAAUCCCUCAAAAUGCGCCCUCAAGGCCCCAUUGGGGCCGCCCGAGCACAAGUGCGUCUGUACUCCGCAUGUGAACAGUCUGCUGAAUCAAUCCGAGUACGAAGUGGGCAAGGAGAAGUCGAAGAAAAAGUGCAAGCAAUUGAAAAUUGUCAAGGAUGCCAAAGGGAAACCGAACAAGUACAGUUCGGAGUUUGAGUUUGCUGAUGAUGCGAUCAGUUUGAAUGCGGAGAGUUUUGAGGAGCGGCCUCCGAGCAGGGCGAGUAUUAAAAGCAAUACGUCGAUUGAAAAAAGCACCACCGAGAAUCCGUAUGUUACGGUCAAUGGCAAGGAGGAGUUGCCAUGUGUGGAGGAAAUCGGGAAAAUGCAAUCGAAAGAACUCAAUAAGAACAUCAACAUUAAGACUGAGGAACUAAACAACUGUCUGGACAAUAAUAAACAAGAGGAAACUCACACAAGAGCCAACAGAAACUUUGAUGGUAACUCCAAUAAGGUAUCUUCAGUCAAGCAGAUUUACUCCUACUGCACUCUUCCGAAGAACGCGAAGAAACCCACAAGCAAAACCAGCCAUAAGAAUGCCAUUCCUCCGAAGCGAGUCACUCCUGAUGGAACCAGCAUUUACUACUGGUGCGACAUUAACAAAAAACAUCUAAACGAACUAGGCGAUGGCGCCUACAAUCCUCUAUGGACGAUGAGAGGUUUUACGCAGACUUUUCACUUUUGGAAGGAGAAUAAGAGGGCGCAAUCCGUACCACUAAAUGCCUUUCUCACUUACGUUACCCUGCCAUGGUGGAGCAUAGCCAAAGAUAUCCUGGACCACAGAGAGGGCCCCAUACUGACGUUCUAGAGGUAAAACAACGAUAAUCUUGUACGAAAAUAGUUUUUUUUUAUGUCAAUUUUGCGCAAUUUAUCCAGAUUCUGCUUUGGAGUUUCCAAACGUUUAUUUGAAUUGUUCAGGUUGUUUAAAAUCCCGUUUGGCCCCUUAAGACUGUGCCUCCCAUGUGAAUCAGGAAAUAAAACAAUUUUUUAUUACUG